AAAUACAGUGGAUUAGAAUUUAAAUGGAUUUUGUUAUGUAGCUAAUCUGCACCAGCAAGUCCCAUAAACAAUGAAAUGAGCAGCAAAUUAAUUUGAAUGUGGGGGCAUAUUUGGGUAAGGAAGGGAAUAAAAGACAGGAUAACUCCCUGAAAAAAUAGGUUUCUGUGAGGGGGGAUUUGGGGGAAGCUUUAAAUGCACCUGAAUCACAAGGGAGACUAGACUAGAACAGGGGAGGAACAAUAUGUGGUAUGUACACAAAGAGGGCUCAGUGUUUACCAUCAACUUCACACAGACUGGCCUUUGGUAAAUAUUUAAUGCCUCUUUCAUUUAGCUCGUUUCCCAAGUUAGUUUGCAAUUUCCACAGAAGGUGGAAGUCAUCAAUCAAGCCAACGGCUGAGACCUGAUGGGAGUGGACAGCCUUUGAUGUCUGCUCUCUAUAUAAUGUGUUGUGUCUGGAGUGUAGACCCAGGGCAGCUUUUACCUGCUGGAGUUUGUCUGUAACCAGCACUUCUUCCAGACAUAGAAAGACCUUGUUACAAAAUUCCCUCAAAACAAUGGCUAAUAGCAUCCAUGGUUGGACUACCAUGUUAUUGGGCUUUGUCAUAUGUGCCGUUUGGGCUAUUCCUGCAGAUGCCACGUCCCAUGAUGAUAUUAAAUAUGCCAUGCUUCGGACACUGGGAUUAAAAGAGAUUCCAAAGAUUGAGAAGAGAGACCUGGAGAAGAUGGUCAUUCCGGCUCAUGUGAGGAACAGAUAUAUCUCCAUGCUGCACCUUCACAAAGACAAGGAGAGGAAACGCAGAGCGCUGCCCAGCCUGGCUGGCAUUUUACGGGGGGUUUCCGGCAAUGCAGACACGACGGGGGAAGUGCUCUACUCUGACCCCACCAGACAGAGGCUGGUUUUUGAUAUGAAGGGUCUGAUCCCCAAGAACAGCGAGGUGACCAUGGCGGAGCUCAAGCUCUUCAAGAAAGGCGUCCACAAGGGAGACCUGCCCCUGAGGAAACAUCACCGACCUGUCCACAACGCCAGAGUCAGUGUGUAUUGGGUCAAAAGCCUCCCUGAUGGCACCAACAGGACCUCGCUCAUCGACUCCAGAUUGGUUCCAAUCCUCUAUUCUGGGUGGAAAAGUUUGGACGUCACCCAGGCCGUGCAUUACUGGAUGAAGAACGCGAACACGCCCAUGUACCUGGAGAUCUGGGUGGAAGCGGAGAGAGUGGGCAGCUAUGCAGCUGAAGUGGCCAAACACGUGCAUUUUGGCACCCAGGGCCCAGCUGACAAAAUCAUCGGCAAACCCGAAUUGGUUCUGUACACCCUCAACCUUGAAGAAUAUGGUGGAGCCGGUGACUGCAGAGUGAAGAAAAGCGGGAUGUGCUGCCGUCAGGAGCACUUCAUUAACUUCAGGGAGCUGACGUGGACUCAGUACUGGAUCAUCGAGCCGCCUGGCUACCAGGCCUUCCGCUGCGCAGGGAGCUGCAAACAGCCCACCUGGCCCUUCCACUACGGGGAGAGGAGCUGUGCUGUGCUGGAGAGCGUCUCACUCCCCAUCAUGUACCUGGUGAAGAAGGGAGAUUACACCGAGGUGGAAGUGGCCGAGUUUCCGAGCAUGAUCGUUGAAAAAUGUGGCUGCGUUAUGGACAACGCUUCAGUCAUGUGACAGCAACUCCCAAGUGCAAUAUUACAGCUACGCAUUCGAACCUUUUGGAAGAGCAACAUUUACGAGCACUUA